AUGACCGAACAGAGAACAGAGCAGCACUCCGAGCUCCUCUCUCACCCUACGCUCAUCUCACCACACCUGGGAUCCACAUCCAGCCGUCCCCCUCCUGCUAUCAGACAACCAAAGGAACCAUGGUGCUCUACCACAGGGAGUUUGACAAGGCAGGCAAGGCAGCCGGUCUCCAGAUAUGGAGGAUAGAGAAGCUGGAGCUGGUCCCUGUGCCUGAUAACCUGCACGGGAACUUCUAUGUUGGGGACGCGUAUGUGGUCCUCCACACUGUCAAACAGCGGGAUAGCUGCUUCUACGAUCUGCACUACUGGCUGGGUAAGGAGUGCAGCCAGGACGAGAGCACGGCGGCGGCCAUCUUUACUGUUCAGCUGGAUGAUUUCCUAGGAGGGAAGCCUGUCCAGUACCGAGAACUGCAGGGGUUCGAGUCCACUGCCUUCACACGAUACUUCAAGGGAGGCAUCACAUACAAAGCCGGAGGCGUGGCCUCUGGGUUCCAUCACGUGGUCACCAACGACCUGUCAGCUCUGAGACUAUUCCACAUCAAAGGUCGCCGUGUCGUCAGGGCAACCGAGGUCACCCUCAACUGGUCCAGCUUCAACAGAGGGGACUGCUUCAUCGUGGACCUGGGAGCAGUUAUCUACCAGUGGUGCGGUUCAGAGUGCAACAAGUUUGAGCUCCUGAAGGCAGCACAGGUGGCUGCCGGUAUCCGUGACAAUGAGAGGAAUGGCCGAGCAAAACUGGUUGUCGUGGAGGAAGGGAGAGAGCCGUCUACGUUAACUGAGGUACUCGGCAACAAGCCAAAUCUACCAGAAGGUGAUGACAAUGACGAUAUGGUGGCAGAUAUCUCCAACAGGAAGAUGGCCAAACUCUACAUGGUAUCUGAUGCAUCCGGAGCGAUGCAGGUGACCCUGAUCUCAGAGGAGAACCCGUUCUCUCAGAGCCAUCUGCUGUCUGACGAGUGCUUCAUCCUGGACCACGGGAAGAGCAGGAUGAUCUUCAUCUGGAAAGGCCGUAACGCCAACCCCAGCGAGAGGAAGACUGCCAUGAAGACUGCUGAGGGCUUCAUCAAGCAGAUGGGCUACCCACCUAACACACAGAUCCAGGUACUUCCAGAGGGUGGGGAGACUCCUAUCUUCAAACAGUUCUUCCAGGGGUGGAGGGAUAAGAACCAGAGCGAGGGGUUCGGAAAAGUAUUUGUGACCGAGAGGAUUGCUAAGAUACAACAGGUGGAGUUCGAUGCCUCCAAGCUCCAUGAGUCCCAAAGCAUGGCAGCCCAGCAUAACAUGGUGGACGACGGCACAGGGGACACUCAGAUCUUCAGAGUGGAGAGCAGUGGUCGAGUCCCAGUUGACCCAAAGACGUAUGGUCAGUUCUAUGGAGGAGACUGUUACAUCAUCCUCUAUACAUAUAAGAGAGGACAGAUCAUCUACACCUGGCAGGGGGCUAGCAGCACUCUAGAUGAGCUCACAGCUUCAGCCUUCCUAACUGUGGAGCUGGAUCGCUCUCUGGGAGGGAACGCAGUUCAGGUGAGAGUGUCCCAAGGUAAAGAGCCUGCCCAUCUCCUGAGUCUGUUCAAAGACAAGCCCCUCAUCGUGUACAAGAGUGGUACCUCACGCAUCGGAGGCCAGGCACCUGCGGCCCCCACACGCCUGUUCCAGGUCCGACGUAACCUGGGCACCAUCACACGCAUCGCAGAGGUGGAGGCGGAGGCUGGCAGCCUGAACUCUAACGAUGCCUACCUGCUGAAGAUGCCCGCGGGGCAGAGCUACCUGUGGGUGGGUAAGGGCGCCAUCGAGAAUGAGGAGCGGGGAGCCCGGUACCUGAGUCAGGUGCUGAAGUGUCUGACACAACGCAUCGUAGAGGGACAGGAACCAGCGGACCUCUGGGCAGCGUUAGGGGGGAAGAAGGACUACCAGACAUCAGAGAGACUGGAGAGUAGCCGCACUCAACAACCUCGCCUGUUCGCCUGCUCCAACAAGACUGGCAGGUUCAUAAUUGAGGAGGUUCCAGGAGAGUUCAGUCAGGAGGACCUGGCAGAGGAUGACGUGAUGCUGUUGGACGUCUGGGAUCAGGUGUUUAUCUGGAUUGGCAAAGAUGCCAAUGAAGUUGAGAAAACUGAAUCUGUAAAAUCUGCCAAGACAUACAUAGAGACGGAUCCGGGGGUUCGGGAUAAGAGGACCGCCAUAGUGGUGGUGAAGCAGGGUCAUGAACCCCCCACCUUCACAGGGUGGUUCCUGGGCUGGGACACGGCACGCUGGGACUCACACACCGUGGCCAGGACCAUGAAGACACUGCAGAUUUAGCAUAAAUGAAUCCCAACAGUUAUAACACUGUAAUAACACAGUUUAGACAUUUAUAACAUCCACUCUGUAUUCAGCCAAGGGUUUCCAGAUACUAUUGUGAAAUGAGGGUUAACUAGCCAUUCAUGGACUAGUGUUGGGCUAAGGAAGCGCAAAGUACUUUACUUUUAUUUGUAUUUGUUUGCUUUACUUUUAGGCCUGCUAUGUGUCAUUUUAUUUGACAUUUGAGUCAUUUAGCAGAUGCUCUUAUCCAAAGCAACAUCCUGUAGCGAGUGAAUACCUUCUUUUCUUUUUUCUUGCUGGUCCCCCGUGGGAAUCAAACCCACAACCCUGGCGUUGCAAGCACCAUGCUCUACCAGCUGAGCACACGGGACAUCGUCUGAUGUGCACCGCUUGGACAUCUUUGUUGUUUAUUUUUUAUUUUUCUCGUUACAUGAAUUGUUGAGAUGAAGAUGAAACGCGAAAAUAUCUGAUAUAUUAUGUUGAUUUGAAUGCAGGUCUUUACAUUUGGACUUCUGUAACUGUCUGGAAAUGAAUGUUGCUAUUUGCUUUUUUUUAUGAUAGAAAAUGCAUAAAGCCUGCUGAGAGUUUCUGAAGUUGUUCUCAAAUCUAGCCUAGCCUCACGAGCUUAUGUGAAGGAUUUGAUCAUCAGUCUGGUAAUUACGAGGCUAAAAGUCUAACCCAGGGGAUCCCGACAUUUUUUGGCCCACAACACCGUUUUGAUAUCUGAAUAUUCUUGUGACCCCAACCGUGUGAAAAAAACAGCCAAUGUUAACUUUUCUUAUUUGACUCUGUGGCAGACAAUUGAAAAACAUUCUAACAGUAUUUCUGAUUGUCUACUCAACUCACCAUAACAUACUUUUAAUGGGAGGCUAUGACAGUCAAUUGCAAAUUAGUCUGACAUAUAAUGUCUCUAACAUCACCAUCACUAAUGAGAUGGGUGUGCUAGAUGAAUGUCUCGUCGGAGCAUCUCAUAGUCAGGGGGCUUGGUCAACAGUGGUCAAGCUCAGACUGUGCUCAUCCCCGCUGACGCAUCCAACCUGGGUGGAUAUUUGGUUUUAAUGCAGAUGAGAGCAUGGUUUGCUUUUGAAAGACUCUAAAGGACUAUCAUGUCAGGACUACCUGACAUGAUGACUCCUUGCUGUCCCCAGUCCAUCUGACCGUGCUGCUGCUCCAGUUUCAACUGUUCUGCCUGUGAUGAUUAUUAUUUGACCAUGCUGGUCAUUUAUGAACAUUUGAACAUCUUGGCCAUAAUCUCCACCCGGCACAGCCAGAAGAGGACUGGCCACCAUUUGAUUUGAUUUAAAUCAAUCAAUUAAAUGUAUUUAUAAAGCCCUUCUUACAUCAACUGAUGUCACAAAGUACUGUACAGAAACCCAGCCUAAAACCCCAAACAGCAAACAAUGCAGGUAUAGAAGCACGGUGGCUAGGAAAAACUCCCCAAAAAGGAGCUGCUCCGGUUCGUUGCUCUAAAGAGUUCUUUCCUCUGAAUCCACUGAUUUCGUCACUCAUCUGUAGAAGGUUUUUCUAUUUCCCCUGUAUGCUUGCGUUCAGUUUACCAAAAUGUCAAAACGGCACCUCAGUACCUCCAGGCUCUGAUCAGGCCCUACACCCAAACAAGGGCACUGCGUUCAUCCACCUCUGGCCUGCUCGCCUCCCUACCACUGAGGAAGUACAGUUCCCGCGCAGCCCAGUCAAAACUGUUCGCUGCUCUGGCCCCCCAAUGGUGGAACAAACUCCCUCACGACGCCAGGACAGCGGAGUCAAUCACCACCUUCCGGAGACACCUGAAACCCCACCUCUUUCAGGAAUACCUAGGAUAGGAUAAAGUAAUCCUUCUCACCCCCCUUAAAAGAUUUAGAUGCACUAUUGUAAAGUGGCUGUUCCACUGGAUGUCUUAAGGUGAACGCACCAAUUUGUAAGUCGCUCUGGAUAAGAGCGUCUGCUAAAUGACUUAAAUGUUAAAUGUAAUGUCUCUUAAAUAGGCAAGGACACACAUUAAAUCCAUUGUGAAUGACAACAUUUCCUCUCUCAAUGCGAAAACCCCCUUCGAUAACCACCAAGCCUCUGUGUGAAAUAAGACAUUGUCAUGCUCAGAUCCCAUAUCUCCACAUAGUUUUGUGAACAGGCGUGAUCGCCAUGGAUGUGGUUUGAUGUAGUUUGCCGCAGUGCCUUCCGCAGUGCCUUCAGCCUUCUUCUAAAAUUGAUUCAAUAAAACAAUUUCCUCAGCAAUCUACACACAAUACCCCAUAAUGACAUAAGUGAAAACAGGUUUUUAGAAAUGUUUGGAAAUGUAUUAAAAACAGAAAACAGAAAAACCUCAUUUACAUAAGUAUUCAGACGCUAUGCUAUGAACCUAUAUAUUGAGCUCAGAUGCAUCCUGUUUCCAUUGAUCAUCCUUGAGAUGUUUCUAUACCUGGAUUGGAAUCCGCCUGUGGUAAAUUCAAUUGAUUGGACAUGAUUUGAACUCUUUGGCCUGAAUGCCAAGCAUCACGUCUGGAGGAAACCUGUCACCAUCCCUACGGUGAAGCAUGGUGGUGGAAGCAUCAUGCUGUGGGGAUGAUUUUCAGCAGCAGGGACAAGGAGACUAGUCAGGAUCGAGGCAAAGAUGAACAGAGCAAAGUACAGAGAGAUCCUUGAUGAAAACCUGCUCCAGAGCACUCAGGACCUCAGACUGGGGCAAAGGUUGACCUUCCAGCAGGACAAUGACCCUAAGCACAAAGCAAAGACAAUGCAGGAGUGGCUUCUGGACAAGUCUCUGAAUGCCAUUGAGUGGCCCAACCAGAGCCCCGACUUGAACUUCUCUGGAGAGACCUGGAAAUAGCUGUGCAGUGACGCUCCCCAUUCAACUUGACAGAGCUUGAGAGGAUCUGCAGAGAAGAACGGGAGAAACUCCCCAAAUACAGGUGUGCCAAGCUUGUAGGGUCGUAACCAAGAAGACUCAAGGCUGUAAUCGCUGCCAAAUGUGCUUCAACAAAGUACUGUGUAAAGGGUCUGAAUACUUAUGUAAAUAUGAUAUUUCAGUUUAUUUAUUUGAAUUUGCAUGAAUUUUAAAAAAAACUGUUUUUGCUUUGACAUUAUGGGGUAUUGUGUGUAGACUGAUGAGGGGAGAAAACAAUGUAAUCAAUUUUAGAAUAAGGCUGUAACGUAACAAAAUGUGGAAAAAUUGAAGGGGUCUCAUUACUUUCCGAAUGCACUGUAAGCUGGGGAGUUUCCUCUUGAUUGCAUAAAUUAUUUGUUUAACAGCGUUAUCUGACUUUGUCAAUUGUUUUCACCAUGUCAGUUGCAGGAGGUAAUAUCAGUCUCUGUAAUAGUGUAUGGUUUCGUAGCGGAGCGGACCUAGACAUUCACCAUGGGAAUGGCUAAGUGCCUUGGUCAAGUGCGACCUUUUUUCCAUGAUCUGUGGGUGCACUCUAGCUGAAUUUUAGAUUUUAGAUUUUAAUCAUUUUAAUAAAGAUUUUUAAGGUUAACCACAUUACAAUGAUUUUGAGAUAUAAGGACAAUAUUAUAAUAUAUGUCUUUUUUUUCUCCAGAUUUUUAAAAUUAUCCUAUGACCCCAUUUUCAUAUCAGGCGACCCCUAGUGUGGAUAGCCUGUCAAAUGAACUUGUAAUUCAUAUCUGACAAUAUUCUAGAACUUGAAAAAGUCCCUUUUGAUCACUUUACGAUAUUGAAAGAGGGACAUAGGCUUUCCAAUGGGGGAUAUCAGUUUCACUAGUAAAUUGAGUGCACCAUCCUACUGGACACAUACGUCAAUUCAACAUCUAUUCCACGUUGGUUCAAUGUCAAAUUACGUGGAAACAAUGUUGACUCAACCAGUGUGUGACCUGUGGGAUUUCACUGCGUUCUCAUUUCAAAGGUCAAUUUCAGGCCAUCAGAUAGAAAUAUUGAAACCGCUAAGAGAUCAGACCAGAUCUGAGAGACCACCCAAACCAGAGUAAAGGUGUUAUUGAUGGUCCUCGCCUCCUUAAAUAAAGGAAAUCACCCUGCUCUA